AUGGAGGCCCUCAACAAGCUCGCCAGCAAGAUCACUGGAGGCAAAAAAGACAAGAGCGCGCCCGAGCAAGAACGAGCAGAGGCCGAGGGCGCCUUCGACGCGACGGGCGUUCAUGAUGAUGCGCCCGCUUCACUAAGAUCGAGCGCCUGGCGUGCUUUAGUAGAGGGCGCGCCGGCCUGGCCGGGCGUCAGGGAAUUUGAGGCGCCCGCCGGUAGUAGAUCUCUACCUUGGCACGACCUCGCGAACGCACUGCGAGGCGCGGCGCGACUCGCGGCACGAGCGUCGCAAACCAAAGAGCAGGCGUUCGGUGAUGCCGGGAAUAAAUUAGCGCCGCCUUUAGAUGCUUCCAGGAGAGCUCUAGCCGCGGCCGCCGCGCGAGUCGAUGCUCUGAGAGAUGUCAUUGAUGGCCACGCUUCUGCGACGAGAAAGGCGGAAAAGGACGCGGCCGAUGAUCAAGCGGCGUUAUUAUUAGCGAACCUAGCUAGAGAUUGUGAAGCUUUACAACCAGGGCAAUCACUGAUCGCGCCGGUGGGCUGGUCGGAUAAAGAGAGGAAGGGCCACUUACUAUUAGCUGUCGUCGCGCGAGGCGGCGUACCGGGCGGCUGGGCCGGCGACGACCAGAAUGCGUGUAGUGUAGCUAUUAUCAAUGGCGGCGGCGACGCGGACGGGCUGUUGUUCCACGCGUCGCGCCUAGACACGACGACGGGAUCCUUCAUGCGACGAACGGCGUUGACCCUCCAAAAGGUACCGAGACAUCGCGUCAGUCAUGCGGCGUGCUGGUUCGUGCUGUUACGGCCUCUGUUAUUACACGAGAACGACGGUCCGCGGUGCGGCACGGCCUGCACGUCCGUCGUAGCGGAAAAUAACGAGUGUUUAGAUAAGGCGCGCCACUUUUACGGUGAAUGCGUGCCUGUGCUGGACGACGACGACCAAGCUAGAGACUCUACAGCGUUAGAUCUGUAUGUCGAUGUCGCCGCCACGCAAGGUGGUUCAGGAUUGUUAGCGUCGCACGCUUUGGUGUAUGCGGCGCGCGGCGCCUGCGCCUACCUAGCCAAGGGCGCGGAUGACGAGACCGCGAUGGCCUGCUCGUUAGCUAUUAGGGGAGCGGGUCUGGAUGUGUUGGCGGACCAAUUGGACGAAGUUAAGCGACGAUCAUGUCGGCUAGGCGACGCUGAUGCAGCUCAAUGUAAAGCAUGCGUUCAGAGUGUCUGUAGAGACGCUUCUUCCAUGGACAGUAGAGACGUCAGUACAAAAGCGGUACUAAGCUACGCCAAGAGAGCAUCCCAACGAGUCCUCGACGCCUUAUCCGUAGCAACAUCAGAGGAAGUAUCAACAACACAACUACGGUCCGACGACCUGAAAUGUGCGGUCUCGCGGGACUUUGGAGCUCCGGGCAUACUCUUCGCGCCCUUCGCGACGCAUCUACACAGCGAACUCCCGAAGAAAAUCGGAGAACUCGCACAUAUGGACCAGGAGCGGCAGGCCCACUUGGAUUUUUUGGCAGGUGAUGCGGAUGCUGAUGCCUUAGUGCUACCGUCUGACUUAGCUAGAGUGACGUGGCCCUUAGAACCGCAAUGGCAAGGUCCUUAUCCUCGGGACUCGCUAGCCGCAGCUUGCACGGCGUUGCGACGGUGCGACCGAGCCUGUGUCACUCUUGAACACAUGCGCGAUCGGGUACCUAGAGCCGACGCUAGACGUUUCGCGCUCGUGUCGCAUUUAUUUCUUAGAUGCUUACCAGCGCCGGAAAUUAAUGGCGGGUUCUGGCGGUCGGAGUGCACGCGUUCCCUUCAAGCCGAUCUAUUAUUCCUCUUGAGGAGGAACGCUUUGCAUGCGUCAGCCGCGGCGGCGUCGUGCGCCCAGACGCGAGCCUUAGAUGGUGAAAGGGUACUCGUAGUAGCAGCAGUAGCAGCCGUCGCUGAUGCGGUUGUGAGGAACGUCGCCGUCGACGCUCCUUGUAUCUUGUCAUUAUUUUAUGAAGCUACGACGAACGAAGUCGUACCGUCUAAUUCAAAGCCGUUCGGCUUUGCGGUCCGAGACUUUGCCGCUGAUACGGGACGAGCCUUACUCCCGGAUCCCGCACUCGUAGCGGCUCGAACCAGUCUAUUGGACUACUUCCGAGCACUGAGGAAGCGAACGCCGCAUAGAAAUCGAGUGUUCGGCUGGGAAAGGACCGCCGUAGAACAGCCCGGUCUCGUGUCAUCAUUCUUGGGAGGUGAUGCUGGGAGUCGAGGACCGGCCCUAGGUACGGGCGAUGCGAGACUACUAGAUCGAUUGUGCACGGCCCUAGGCUACAAGAGAGAACCGCGCGGCGCCUCGUUAGCGGGUUACUUGGUCCAGGACUCGCCUUUGCUAAGAGAUGUACCGGAGUUAGAGUAUCUCAGAGAUAUCGUCCUGGUGCUGAAAGUCGCAUUGGCACCGACGUCGAAUGUAGAAAGGCAGAAUUGGUCGGUAGAUGAUGCGACACCGAGGUGGUGUCUUGAGGAGCGAGCUCGUGGCGGCGACGAGCGCGUGAGACAGAAAAAACAUGAGAGGACGCACGGCUCGCGCCUGGCGGAUGCCGUCGGCGCGCCUCUAGCCGUGACGAUGUACGGCGAGAGAGUCGAUGUUGUUGGGGGUGAUGCGCAAGAUGAAGAUAGUGAUGACGACUCCGAGGACACGGGGGCGCUUCGGACUGCCUUGGCUAAAGUGAGAGCGGCCAUCGAAGGAGCACAACUCCCACGAGCACCUCCUUCGGGAGGCGACCCCUCUCACUUAGCAGGUGAUGUGGUAAUAACGGAGGACGACGUCUUGCAUCUGAAGAGUUUACCUGGUGAUCUUGGGUCGGCACCUCGAGAGUCGCCUCGCGUGAAAAACGCUCCGGCCGAUCGGAAAGCCAAGCUCAAGGCGCUGGAGGUGCGCGUGGCGGCUCUAGCUGGUGGCAAAGGCACAUUGCCGCCUCGAGAUGUCGAAAGGUUACUUUGUGCGCUAACGGCGCCUUAUUUGAGAUUGCCAUUAGUAUUGAGAUUCUUCGCGGACGCGCGACGGUCGAGAAGCUUGAGGGAUGCGCGUCUACGAAGCUGCGUCGAAGCGUGUUUGUUCGAACCGGGGCCCUGGCUGCCGGAUCGGCCUUGUAGACGGGUGGAUUCUAUACCAGCAACCCACAGAGAUCAUUUGAGGACGCCUUGUGGUGCCUUGUUCAAUGAAUUGGCGCUGGCGCCGAUACCUUGUGUUGAUGCGAUUCAUGAAAUCCUAGCGAGGGCACUAGAGGGCGACGUGGGCGCGUGGGCGCCCCGCGGCGCGGCCGAGGCCUUCCUGUUUGCGGCGAGAACAGCUUCUAGAGCAGUUACGUUUCUCAGAGCCGUUGCUGGUGGUUCAGCAACUCCAAAACCCAACAGUGCGCCGGGUGCCUCGACGCCGCGAGGGCUAGACGAGGCCGACGCUAGUCGUAGGGCGGUCUGUAACAGUGCAGCAAAAGCGUUAACAUCUACAUUGAGAGAAAAGGUCGCACCCGCAUUGAAAGCCUGGUUACCCGCACUCACACGGGACGGCUCGAGAACAUCAUUAAGAAGAGCGUGUGCUGUGCACGCGCACAUCGCGUAUGCGGCGGCCAAAUGCGUCGAAGGAGAUGUCUUAGAUGCGGCGACGGCCACAGCCUUGCUCGAAGCGCAGUGCUUCCUCGCGGCGUAUGACGACGACGACGAAAGCCAUUCACUGGUCGACGCGGACGUCGACCCUCAUGACCCUCAAGCGAAAUCGAUACUGGCGGAAGGCACGCUCGGGUUGAGCGAUUCCGAACUGUGCAGUGUGUGGCAGCGGCAUCGGGGGCCUCUCUUGACUUUCCUGCGAGGGAGUGACGGUGCGUGUGCCCUGGAGGCGGCCGUCGACGCGGUGGCGUCGGCCGCCGAGUCGGCCUUCGAAGAGGUAGGCCAGAGGAAUAAUGUAGAGAGAACAUGGCAGGAAGACAAGGCCUGUCCUGGUAGGUUUUCUCCCGUGUCUCCGGAUGACCAGAAGAGGCCACCCUCACCUAGAGCUUCCGACCAAGGUCUCGAGGACGACGACUACGAGACGUGGCUGCGAGGUGUGUUGGAACCGAAGAACGCGGAAAUUGUCGACGCGCAGCUCGGUGAGUUCACGUUGCGAACGAGACGGCUCGAAGCCUUGCCGAGGGAGGUUGCUGAUCAUCUCGACCUGCAAAGGGCCCUAGACAACACUUCUGGUGGCGACGACCUGCGGGCCGCCGAAGUCAGUCAUAGGGCGUUUAGACGUCAUUGGAGAUUAGUAUCAAGACGGGUCGACGUGGUCAAGUGGUCCAAGCCGCCCCAAGAGAACACGCCGCUAGCGCCGCGACCGCCCUUUGCGGUUAAUGCAUUGAGACCACUGGAGGCUUCCGGCAGCUGGGUCACUGAGUUGUUAGAAAGGUUAAGAACAACUGGACCGCUCCAAUCAUGCCAACUCUUCGCCUUGUCCGGUGGAGGUAUGAGGGAUACGCAUACGGUAUGCGUCGGGUACGUCGAGGUUGAUACGGUAAAGUACUGGCGCGAGGUGCAUUGUAGGAGAAAGGAGGCGCUAGUUGAAGUGUAUGAAUUAGUAGAACACGGCCGCCAGUGGUGGCGCGCGCUCAUCUAUACGUCGGACGCGUCGUUGUCUCUCGGUGUGCCGCCGCCGCCGGCACCCGGUGCCGUGCGAGCCGACGCCUUCGACGAUCAUGGUGUGGACGGCGAACCGCUGGAGCGAGGAAGGCCUGACUGUUCCACGGAACGAGGUUCUUCUCUUGAGAUUUCUAGGACAGCUAAAAGGAGGGAACAGCACGUGCGGCAGACGUACGUACCGGCUAGGUGCUUACGGGGGCUCUUGCCGGACGCGUUAUUGGAAACUUUUGUCUUCUGGCGGAACCAUGAUGAUGCGUCCUUGUCGGGGUACGAAGAAGGAUCCAUCACAGAUCGCGUCGAGACGCUACGAGUACGGUUAAGCGGGCAUAUACAACAGCCGAGGUGUGAUGUUGUGAGAUUGGUCUUACGACGAGGAAGCUCAUCGUUGAAUGACGAUCUCGUACUCCCGGACAAUCUGGAGGGCUUCGGCAUCGACACUCAUACGAAACCUCUAGCAUUACUGAGAUUGGGCGGCUGCGGUGCCCAACCGUCGCCCCUCGCCUCGAAGCUACGAAAACUCGACGCCUUGGGGCAUGCGUUGGCCUGGGUCGACGGCGACGCGCCCGUCUCGGAGAAGUCGAUGUGGGCCGGUCAACAAGACGACCCCGAGGCGCAAGUCUCGAUCAUCGAACUGCCUCGCUUGCGCAUCACACUACGUUUGAAUGAAGGUCGCUACUAUUGCGACGAGUACGACGGGUAUGCGCUGAUCGAUGCUACGGCGCUGCGCGGUGAGGACGACGACCUGGAUCGACGCGGCGAUGCGUUGAAUUUGGUCGCGCCGCUGGGCGCUUGCGUGGUGUUGCGAGAUCCGGACACCUUUGACUUGAAAGUACUCACGUCCGCGGGUUCUAGACCGUUCCGGACACCGACCGGCAAGAGAGUUGUGUUCGAUCACGACGAUAGUCGGUGGCGCAAGCACGACGCGGGCCACCAUUUAUAUGGUGUGGAUCGUCUACAAGGUCAAUUGGUGCCGGACGAUGCGUGUGCCGCCGUUGCUCAGGUUUUGAGGUUAUGCUUGGCAAGGAGGUACGACGCCGCUGCUGCCGUAGCCCCAGCGUGCGCCUCGGACGAGGCAAGACCACCGCUCGUCGAUUGUUUGAUAUCCGCGCUGUCAGCCUGCCAGAAUGAUAUUGAAGCGGACGCGAGAGCGUGUCGGUUGAAAUUAUCCCUGGCGACCCUCGACUGCGGCUGCGACGCUUUCAUCAGUGUGGAUGAUUGGCCCUGGGCCUUCGCCGAGGAGGCGGCCAUGGUUGUGCACCACGCUCGUCGCAUAAAUGCGCAAUGUGCUUUUAGUGAAGCGGAGGAGGCUAGAGCGCUUGCAGAGGUGGAACGACGAAGAGCUCCUUUGGGUUUUCGGGACGAUGCCUGUGACGCGCCUCUUAGAAGGGCGGUGGCCAACCGCUCUUUAUGUGUGCAGUCUCAUAGCCAACCUACCUUGCAAGAUUACGCCAUCGCGCCUUCAUUAGUGGUAUCAGAAGCGCGCGUUUGCGUCGACAUCGCGUGGGCGGCCUGCCGCUGGCCCGAUGAAAGAUGUAGAAGAGCAAAACCGACGGCCUGGGCCGCGCCCUACAUGAGGCCUUGUGGGUUCGAGGUGCCCGCGACUGAUUCCCAAACGGGCUUGCCCGUCCAGGGGCCUCCUAGGUCGGCAUCCGUGCUUGGCGGAAGAGCCAUAGCCUGGUUGCGGAAAUCCGUGGCCUUCUCAGGAGGUACGGUCGGAGAGUCCCUGGAGGGCGCCAAAGCCGAUGCAACGAGAGACGGGUGUUUUGGUGCUACGCCAUUUGGCGUUUGUUACGAGUUGUUGACCAAUACCCUACCAUUACGGGUAGGAGACCGCGACGGCGCUUUUGGGUGGGGCGUAGCUCUACUCCAUUUGUACGAGCGGGCCUUUGAUGCUGCUGGAGGGAGGGGUGGCUUGGACGAUGGCGGUGUGCUCUGUUAUUCUACUCUGGCUAUACUUGCGCGUAGAGCAGCAUUAGCGCAAUCACUCUCAAGAUCGGGCAAGGCUCCUAGGUACUUACCUCCAGAAAAACCGAGCGGAUACAUGGAGUCCAUCAUCAGUUCGGGCGACGCCACCCAGCCUUUAAAGAAGGCCUGGGUCGGCCUGGCGACGGCGCUGCGAGCGGCGCACAAGGCCGGCGAAUUACUCCCGGACGCGAAUCGACCACCCCUGUCUUCUACCAGACCACCAUCGGUCAUGGCAUCCAUCAGUACGAAAGAAACGUAUACCGAGGUCGCCGCCGAUAGCGUACCUUUUGAUCCUGACGAGGCGCGACGCGCUCUGGGCCACGCCACCACGGGACCGCCGUCCUUCGACGCGGCGUUGGUGGAAGAUGCCAUCGCCCACGGCGCUCCUGACGGUCUUGUGAUCACGUCGAUACGGUCGCGGAACGUCUCGUCCACGCCGCCCUACGACCUGUCAACGACUGCCGUGGCCGGCGAACCUACCGCCUCAGCCUAUGUACAACGAUUACACCAUGCGGCAAGGGAAGAUGGCGCCCUAGAGAGGGAGCGGGAAGUUCCUUCAUUGUUAGGCUUUGAUGAGAAAGGAGACAGGGCCAAAGCGAAACAGACGGCGAAAACGUUAGCUGAUUCAUUAUCAAGUGCCGUGCAACGCGACGCGGCGAAGGCUAGAGUCGCCAGAAGACGACUCUCAUCGCUCUUGGACGGUUCUGAUGAGGAUGAGAGAAGGUGGCACGCGUCCGUCGGUUGUGCUCGCAGGAAACGAACGUUGGGCGACGUGCUACGAGCGCUCGCGCAGGGCCGUGCCGAAAGGCCUGAUAUUAGUGCACUGGCUUGUGGUGUCGCUCUGUUAGAAGGGAGGUGUGCCGCAGCUCGACGGGGGUGUCGGGCCGCUCGUAGAUUGGAAGAGCGCGUCAGUACAAAAGACGACUGGCGCGAACUAGUUUUGGAGGCCGAGGCGCUCGCGGCGACGUUGUGCGAGACGAGGAAGCACUUCCGCAAUGCGGAUGGGUCGACAUUAGUACCUCAACAUAAAGCGCAACCCUCACAACGAAACUCUUCAUAUGUGUACGACGCUCGGCUCUUCCUCAUGGAGCGCGCCUGGGACAUCAUUUUGAGGGAGGCGCAAGUCCACACGGCGCGAACCCUAUGUGAUGAUGCCUCUGCAAAGAAAUCUUCACUAAGGCAGAUGAUCAUGGGUAGCGGUAAAACCACGGUCUUAACACCGUCGUUAGUCGCUUCCCUAGCUGAUGGCAAGACACUAGUGGUCGUCGUGGUCCCCCACGCUCUCGUAGUAUUCACGCGGAAUGUCCUCCAGAAGGCCUUGUCACGACCGUCGCUCGGGAGACGACCGGUACGAAGGUUGAGGUUCGGGAGGCGAACCUUCAUGGGGAUAUCACUCCUGAAGAAAUUACGAGCGAUCACGCGGGAUGGUGGCGUGUUACUGUCGGAUCCUACGGCCAUGAAGGCCCUGUUUCUCAAGUCCGUCGAAGUUUUACAUCACCUGGACGAGGCCUCGCGCUUUACGCAAGAUUCCCAUAGGACAUCGAAGGAGAGGAAUUUGGCGAAGCGGAAGCAGUCGACCUUUUCCUCACUGUUCAAGUCAGCGAAAUCGAAAGCGAACGACAAGGCGCGAGCGGCAGCAUUAGGUCUCGACGCGAAGCCGGAAGCCCAGUCAUCAGAGCUCGAAAGGAAGAUUGCUGGGGCUGCGGAGCGGACGGAGCGAGAAGCCGAACUGAGGUCAUUGAGAGCCCAGGCCCAAGUCGCGUCCUCCAUACUAGAAAUGCUCAAGAGCAACAGUGUGGCCAUCGUCGACGAAGUGGACGUCAUCCUGGAUCCGCUCAAGUCGGAGCUCAAUUGGCCCUUGGGUGCGCGGGCGCCUCUCGAUUUCACGGCGGCGACGAAUCCGACGGGUCUUCGAUGGAGGGUACCUUAUCUUUUACUUGAUGCGGUUAUUGGCGCGGCAUUAGGUCGACAACUACUCCCGUCUAUUGUCGUAGAUAGCGACGACGACAGUGAUGAGGAGGGCGAGGACGAGGACCAGGCUCUUGAGAGUGAUGACGACUGUCUGGAGGCCGACGGGGACGAGGUCCGAGAAGCUUCUCGCGAGAAGGCGUCGGUCGACGACGCGUUUUUCGGGGGCGACGACGAAGGAGUAGCUACUAGAAGGCAGCUCGCGGCCGCUCGGCAGGAGAUCGAUGACAUCGUCCAGGAUGGGUUGGAGAAGGGCCACCUGCAAGCGCGGCCGCACCCUACUCUCGUUUCCGAGAAGUGGUAUGUCGCUUCACUAAAACCCGUGCUCGCACGGUGGGUUUUACUUUUAUUAAGAUCACCGACAAGAGCCGCAGCUGCUCUAGCGGGUGCCGCGUAUGCGGGCAACCUUGGUGACCUAGACGACUCAUUAGUGCUUCAUUACUUGAUAGGCGAAGGCGAGGAUCGGAAGCGAGCGGCUCAAGCCGUUGAUAGUUGCUGUUCCGACGACCAGGCCAAACUCUUGAAUUUAUAUCAUUCGUGGCUCACGCAUAUGCUGCCCUUUGCCCUUAGUCGUGUAGAUAGGGUCGCGUACGGGCUGCUGUCGCCAGCUGAUUUGGAGCGAGCAGCUAGAAGACACGCCGACGCGGAAGGGUCUGUAGUCACAGAGAAACAUUUGGAAGCCGUGCCUCUAGCACGAAGAUUACUUGCAGUGCCCUUUGUUGGGAAAGAUAGACCUUCAGACGCGUCUGAAUUUUCUCACCCAGAUGUCUUAAUUGGACUCACGACGCUAGCCGUAUUCCAUGAAGGGUUGAGGUACGGUGAUGUCUUGUGGUUGUUACAUGACCUCCAGAGAGAUUUUAGGAGGGAAACGGGCCCCAUAAAAAAACGAAAAUCUUUUAAAAGAUAUGCGAGAUAUGUGCAACUCGCUGGUGGCAGGAUGCGGGGCCUCAAAACCUCGAAAAGUAGAUUGUUAGACAUCGAGGAUAGCCGUCCCGAGGUCUGGCCGGUCCACUUCCUAGAUUUACAGGACGACAGUCAAGUGAGACCCGUGUAUGAGCUACUCAGAAGUUCAAAGGCUGCGGGGAGGGACUAUCUGUGGAGGAGAAGCUUCCCGGAGACGCUGGCACUGAGACCCUCAAAGCUCGCGGCCUCGGGCCAGGAACUAGGCGGCGAGGCAAUUUUCGACGUCCGUAUUGGCUUUUCGGGGACGCCGAACGACCUCGUACCCGCCGAGUUGGGCGUGUGUGUCUACGAGAAGGCUACGGAUGGAAGGAUUAAUAGGGUACUGGCCGAUUCAGAUGUUGUUUCUAAAUAUUUAGUGCAGCCGGGAUGGACGCCCAAGAAGUUACUGGAGAUCAUCGCUACCUCUGACGAGUUCCUAGCAUUGAUCGACUGCGGUGCUUUAGUCACAGGAUUGUCGAACAGAGAAGUCGCGGAGUACCUCAUCACGACGGGACUCCGACACGUCGACGGCGUCCUCUUCUACGAUGAGGAGGAUGUGGCCUGCAUCUGUUCCCGUUCUGACGGAGGCGGUACUAAAGUAACAGAUGCGUUAACGGCCAAUCUCAAGCCUGGGAGACGCUUCACCUUUUACGAUCACGCCCACUGUACGGGUUUAGAUGUCAAGCAGCGCGUCGACUGCGUCGCGGCUUUAACUGUUUCGAAAGACACAACAUUGAGAGAUGCGGCCCAAGCAGCAUUUAGAUUGAGGAGACUCGGCGCCGGGCAAAGAUGCAGACUGUUCUUGAUCCCGCAGAUCGCCAAUUGCGUUUCUGAAGCUACUAAAGCACCCUUGUCAGAUGUUCGCAAGGAUAUCGAUGAAGGCUGGUCCCAGAAAGGCUUGGUGCGAGUUCUGUCGUGGUUGGCGGUCAAUCAGAUCCGGAGAGAACGCGUGAACUUUUUUGUUCUUGCUGAGCAAAAUGUGCAGAACGUCGCUCGCAAGGUGGCCCACGCUACCCUUAUUUCUUCAAGUAAUAAUGUGGGCGUGGCCGGUGAGCAGGAAUCAAGAUUGAGAGGGUGCUUAGAUGUCUUCCGGACUCGAGUCGACUUCACGGUCGAGAAUGCAGUACCAACCCCUAGACCCACAUCGGAGAGAAUAGCGCAGACGAUCGAAGACCACGCGGACCUGAUGAAUUCCGCUUCUGACUUCGGCACCGCACAACGUAUGUUGCAGCAAGUAGCCGCGGCCGAAAGUGCCUCGCGAGCCAAGAACCAGCAGGCCUGGGCCUUCGAGGCCGUGCAAGAAGAGGAGGCCGAAGAGGAGGAGGAGCAGGAACAGGAGCAGGAGCAGGAGCAGGAGCGUAGGCAGGAGGAGGAGGUGAUAGUUGAUGAAUUAGCUAAGAGAGAUGCUCCGGAGCCCCAAAGAUACGUGAGGGACGACGAGGCGCCUAUUCCGUGGUCGUUGGAUACUUUGAGGAGACCGGUGGAUCCGCGGCAUCCGUUCUACGCCCUGUCGGAGUUUGGUGUUUAUAGGAGAUCUUAUUUGCAGUCAAAGCCGCCUCGGGUCAACUUCACACCUGAUUUACGCGUCUCUCCCAAUUAUUUUAGACCGGCAUGGAGGCAGUCGGCACCUCGUAGAUUAAAGAACGUCACGGUCGUGUUGGAGUGGGAUCCCAACGACCAGGGUACAAUUGUUGAUGAAGCCGCGGCCGACCUCGCGUUGGCCAAUGGGCAGUCUGUGCGAUCCUUGUCGGAUACGGCUCGUGGGUCUCUGAGGAGAGCCUUUGACUAUGUUUCUGAAGCCACAACUUUCAGAGAGGAAGGCAGUGCUCGUAGAGCGAAGCAGGCUCAGGAAGCACGAGCGGCAGAAAAUGCGUUCGCGGCGGAGACCGGUGGUAGUCAAGUGUUAGCAUUUACUUCUUCAGAAACUGAUCUGAAGAAGCUGGAUCAAAUAGAUCAGGAGCGGUCGCAACAUUUGUUGGCUUGUGCGAACGUCCGCGAGACGAGUGACAGGGACGCGUCGUCGCCGGAGCUCUUUGCGGAUGCGUUUCAGCGGUUGGCUCUACGGAGAGCGGACCAAGGUGGCGGGGCUUCGUAUGUCGUGUUGUCUUUGGCCGAAGCCGAGCACAUGCGAGGCGCGCUCCAUGCGUCGUUUCGAGGCAACGCGUCAUUACCAGCUCGCACAGCUCUGAGGAUUGUUGGUUCGUGGGACGGGAGCACUCCUUCAGAAGGUACUACUCGUUUAGACGACCCGCUGGCACCCGGUGUUGGGUUAGUAUUAGAUGCGACGAAGGCACGCCCGCGGCCCGAUCUAGAGAGAGAUUCAACGGCUUUAGCUCAAUUGCAAUUCUUUGACAACGCCGACGACGUGUCGCCGAAGCACGGCGCUUUGCUGCUGAGAGCGUUACAAGCGACGCCGCCCGCGGAACGGGUGAGGUUCAGGGACGACAUCCGUAAAUCUCGAAGGAGGCCGCAAGUGGCAUUAUUUGGAGCUGCUGGUUGGUUAGGAGCAGCGUUCGGCAAAAGACCCACCGUCGAAGGGUCUGUCGUGGAUGAGGACGAAAGAAUUGACCCGAUAAACGCUCCCAUGAGGCAUGGUGUGGCGGCGUUAGUUGUUGAUGAAGAAGCCGCGGUCGUCGAGUACCGAGCGGCCCAUCGAGCCGUGAGAUUAGCUUUACAACGAAGAGGUAUUCCGGCAGCAGCACUGCUAAGGAGGUGCGCGCGAGCGUCGAAGGCCAUGCGGCACCAGCAGACCUAUGAUCCCGGGAGAUUGGCACCUGUUGCCGCGGUGGCUUCUGCGGUGCACUGGUUGGGUCUAGGUGCCUUUGGUUUAGCAGCACAUGUUGAUUUUAGACAAAGGAAAGCGCUCGACGACGCUCGAAAUGAUUUAUGUGACAACCUGGCGGACGCCAUGGAUUUGAAUGGGGAUGGGUGGAUUGCGCUAGAUGAACUUAGGGCUGGACUUAGAGAUGCGGCUCCCAGAGACCUGUUAAAGUCUCCGUUCCUCUCAUUACCUCGCUUAAGACCGGCCGUACCAAGCCCAGCGCCGAGGAUGGAUCGCAACGCUCUCCUGAAGGCCGUCGAUGCCUUGAACCCGUGGCGGAAACCGGACCCCAGAGAAGCCGAAGCUCGCGCGAAAGCCGCGAGACGGAAGCUCCACGAAAAAGCUUUGGAUGCGGACGGCGCCCAGAAGCCGUCGAAGGAGAACUUGCAUAGCGAGGCUCGGCGCGCUACCGAUGACAAUGACGUUUUGGACGAUGAGACUUUAGCUUAUGCUAAACGAUUGGCCUCCGAAGAUUUGAAAGGUCUACAUAUUAAGCUCCAGCCUCCGAAGAAAUUGGAGCCGGUCUGGUCCUCUCUCGGAACGGCUUCCGGUAAACCUAUCUCAUUAUGGCGGCUGUCGGGCACGCGAGCGACGUCCUCUAAACUACGGUUGUCGCUGGGAGACUACCUGACGGAGGGCGUCGCGGAUCCGUUGCUUAAUUCAAACUUCGACGAGAAUCAACUGGAGAUGGCCUGGGACUCGAACCAGAACGAGGUUUCAGGUGUUCUAUGCCUAGAACUGUCCGAUCAGUACACCUUUAGAAGAAACAGAACAAGAUGGCUCAAGGCCUGUGCGGAACGACUCUUUCCACCCCCUAUUCGCUAUAGACAGGUCUGGCACCUGCCGCAGGGCGAUCGAAGCGUGUACGGCUGGGCGCCCGUGCCGCCGGAUGGGAAUUACGUCGCCUUGGGCCAUGUCGCUACGCGUACGGAUGCCCCACCGCCACCUAGAGCGGUUAGGUGUGUCCCCAUCGCCAUGGUCGACGCCUUAGCUGCGAUCCAAAUUCUGGGUUCCAAGCCGGCCUGGACGAAUUCAUCAUUAGGCGGCCGGAAGGGGUCGUUGUGGCGCCACGCGCAUGGUGGCUUGUUGGUCGUGGCUCGGGGCCACGCCAUCGACCAGAAGCAGCCGUUGCACCGUCUCAGGAGGCCGUCGAUGCUCGCGUUCGACUAUCGGGCGUGUCUGCGCGCUAGGCCGGCGGCGCCUCCCAAACCCGUCGUGCCGCCGCCGCCUCCAAAGCCCAAGACGCCGCCGCCGCAAGUAGCUGCUGCUGCGUUUGAUCCGUUGCGGAAGACGCCGCCGAAACCACCGCCGCGCCCGAAGACGCCGCCGCGGCCGCCGACGAUGCCCGCGCGCACGACGCCGCCGCGGCCGGCGCCCUUCGGCCAAUUCUCGCCGCCCAAGCCGCAGCCGCCGCCCAAGCAGCAGCCGCCAGACUUGCUCGCGGACCCCUUCGCCGGUGGCGAUCUGUUGGCGCCAACGCCAACGCCGGCGCCGGCGCCGCCUCUCCUAGACCCGAUCUUCUCGGGCAUGACCAAUGCGCCAGCAGCGGUACCCGACCCCUUCGCGCCGGCGCCUCCAAAAAAGGGCGCCGACCUGCUCGGCGAUCUCCUGGCCCCCACCGAAACGAAGGCCGACCCCUUCGCGGACCCCUUCGCGAGUCCGCCCCAGAAAGCAGAAGGAGGGGGCACGUUCAAGAUUGAUGUUAUGGCCGCGGCCUUUGGCAGCUGCGUCUGCGGCCGGCCGAAGGGCGACCAUAUUGGGGCGGAGCUGAGGUGUCCGCCGGUGAAGGAGGAUCCGUUUGACGGGCUCUGACGCGGCGCAGUCCACCCGUUUCCGUACGCGGCGUCGAGACGGCCGCUCGGCGUCGGGCUAGGCGCGACGGCCCUCCCAGUACGCCAUCGACGCGACGUGGAAACUAACUACUCUGUUGUUUAUG